AUGCGAAAGCUAUAAUCAUAAGGAGAUGUUAGCAAGCCUAUGAAUCGAAGAUUGCUGGGAGAGGAAGAAUACCCUAAAGUUAUACCUGAAAAAGAUAAUGAUGAAAAAGAUGAAGAAUCGUCAGUUUCAUCAGGAGAAGAAAAUAUACCAAUCAAGGACUAGAUCAGAAUGGGCGCUCUCCAGAAAUAUUAAAAGUAUACUGUUGUUGAGACUACUGGCUCUUACUCACUGAACUAAGCUAACUUAUUUUACUUAAAUUUCCUAAAUGAUAAAGGUGAUGAUGCAUAAUACAAUAAACAGGAUAUAGUCUAUUAAAAGUACAUUUAUUCGAGAACAUAGCUGAAGGAAAUUGGUAAAAAAUCUAUUGAUAAUUACUUCAAUCUCGUAAGCAACUAAGCUAUUGAGGAAUAUAACAUUUAUGACGAUAAUGGCAAACCAUUAAAAGUUAUUGCCAGAUAUUUCUAUAUGGAUAGCCAGUAUGAUGAUGGUGAAAAACUAUUCGACCUAAUUGAAAAAGGGUCAUAUGGUAUGUUUGAAGAUGAUGCAAAGCUUAAUUAAAUCUUGAAUGAUACUUCAAUGUUUACUUUAACCUACAAAGUUAAGAAUCUGAUCCCUGAAGAGGCACCAGCUACUGCUAAUUGCUAUCUCUGGGAAAUCCAAUAACAGUUUAACUUUUAGGAUAGAGGCUAUAUUCAGCUAUAAGUUUAGAUGCAGAGAUCAAUUUGCUCCACAGACUAUGAUAAUCCUUGGGCCAAUAUGAUUUGGAUUCCUAUUCUUAACUUAAUAUUCUCUAUGAUAUCGCUAUUUCUGAUUAUCAAAUAUCUGAGUGAUGUAGUUCAGUUGUAUAGAAGAAUGAGAAGAAAGUAUCAAGAUUAAUAGAUAGAGGAUAGACUCAUUAAAUAAAGAUUGGCAGAGCUAUAAAAAUCUGCAACUGAUAUUUCUCAAAAUCAAAGCAUAAUUAGGCACAGUUAAAGUGUUGAUUAUCAAAGAAGAAAUAGCAGUAUGAGCAGUAAUUAUCAAAAUUUGUAGAGAAUGAAUUCACAGUAUUUGGAAUAAGUUAGUAGCCCAAGGUAGUUAAGGUUAAAACAACAAUAAUCACCUCAAAACUACAACAGGAUAAGUACUAAUGAAAGAGAAGCUAGAGCUACUGCAAACUUUGCAGGUCAAAAAAGAGAUUUAGAAAGAUAGGAUUCAAUAUUAGCAAAUGCUUACAGGAAUUCAAAUCGAUAAACAGAUAAAUAAUAGAGUAAAAGGAUUCUUGGAGAGUAUGAAGAAAAAGUUCGAUCAAGAUUAACUGAAAAAAUUAAGGGGAAGAGAGAGUUAAAUUUAGAAGCAAAUGAAAGUGUUGAGAAGAUGGAUGAGUAAAUAGAUUACUAAUUCAAUUGGGAUGACUUAACAUUCUAAGAUAAAGCCAAGUUGUUUAAGUAUUGGUCAUUAGUAACUCUUUUCGCAAAUAUCAUCCAGAUAUUUGCUGCUCUUUUCUUUAUAUUCAAGAGCUACUUUGGAUUGCAUAUCUCUGAGUAUUUAUGUGGAUUUGGAUGCAUGUUCUCAUGGAUUUCAUUGAUAUAGUAUCUUGAAUACUAUUCUGAGUAUUCAUUUAUUAGCAAAACACUAAGUGUUGCGAUUCCAAACAUUUUCAAAACUAUUGUCGGUGUUCUACCCCUCUAUGUAGGUGUUGUCUUACUUGGGUGUAUUUUAUUUCCAGGUUCUCAAAGAUUCUAGUCUUUUUCAUAUGCCUCUAUGAACCUAUAUUCCAUCAUUAAUGGAGAUGAACUCUAAGAUACUUUCAGAGACCUGCAAUCAGUUGGAUUCCUGAUCGCUCUAAUCUAUCUAUACAUAUAUGUAUUCUUUGGCUACGCAGUUAUCGUUAACAUGUUUAUUGCUAUUAUUGAAGAUGGAUUCAUGGAUACAAAAUAUUCAUCUAGGUUUGAUUGGUUAAAGAGAAAUAAUGGAAUUGGGGCAGAUUCAUCUAAAAAAGAUGGUGAUGAUAAAGAUGAUGAUGAUGAUGACAAGGGCGAUAAAAAAGACAGUAUAGUAUCUCCUUAGAGAAAGCUUAGCUUUGAAAACAGUUUCGAUAGGACUAACGGUAGUAUUUCACUUAACAGCAAAAAUUUGUAAUUUUAUAAUUGUCUAUAUUUAUGUGUAAUUAGUGAAUCACAACUAAGGCAAGAAAAAAGUAUAAAAACAUUGCAGUCAAUCUUAAAUUUUGAAGCAGACAAGUGGAAGAGAAAGAAAUCAAUCUUAAUUGGAAAUCAGAAGACAGCUAUUAACGAGAAUAGUAUGAUAGAUAGCAAUAAACAAUCAUUAGUCAAUUCAAAGAUAGAAGAAUAGAAGUUAAGAGAAACUGAAGCUAGGCAAAAAAGAUCUCAAUUAAAUGAGGAUUAGCAAGAAAUAUAAGAAAGAGCUCACGGAAUGGUGGUGUUUUACUGUAUUAAGAUAAAGAAGGAUUUGGAGAAUCUGGAAAUUGAAUAUGAAAAAUUGAGUAAAUUGGUAGAGAAUGAGAAAGAUUAUGAAGUAAUAGUUAUGAUUGAAAAUGAAAAGUAAAGUGUCGUUGAUCUAAUUCAAAACCAGAUAACAUAGUUUGAAAUCAUCAUUGAGGAAAUAAAUAAUAUGUGA